GAACCAAGCAGGGAGGUGCAGACAGCUUGAGCAGUGCGGUGUGCCUUCAGCGCCAGCCGCCGGGCGACGAAUGUGAUGAGGCUGUGGAAAGUUCAGAUGAAGGCAAUUUAAUAAGCAGCUCAACCAAUAGCGUGCUUUGCCACACCGAAACUGGAAUCUUUCUCAUCGCCCGGUAGCGUCCAUCUCUUCCGUGGCUGAAAGCUUUUCUUUUUUUUUUGGGGGGGGGGCAGUAAUAAUAAGUAGUAGUCCUAAUCAUGCCAGCAAUGCUCGAGAAGAGCUCUUCGGAGGUCUCCGGCAAGCGGAGAGGGCGGAAUGCGGCGGCUCAGCAAACCAGCGCCAGCAAAAGUUUUGCAAAUGGGAAUAGUGGUCACUCAUGGGAAGAGGGCAGCACGGCGGGGUCGUCCAGCGAUGAUGAUCACGGCUCCGGUGGAAUGCGAGUGGGUCCACAGUACCAGGCUGUUGUGCCGGAAUACGAUUCAGAAGUUGCCAAGACGUGCCAGGAGAGGGAGAAUCUGGGCAUGCUGGUCUGGUCGCCUAAUCUGAACCUGUCGGAAGCUAAAUUGGAUGAGUACAUUGCAAUUGCCAAAGAGAAGCAUGGAUAUAACAUGGAGCAGGCCUUGGGAAUGCUAUUCUGGCACAAGCACAAUAUUGAGAAGUCUCUUGCCGACCUGCCAAAUUUCACCCCAUUUCCAGAUGAGUGGACAGUGGAGGAUAAAGUCCUUUUCGAACAAGGCUUCAGUUUUCAUGGAAAGACCUUUCACCGGAUCCAACAAAUGUUGCCAGAUAAGUCCAUAGCCAGUCUGGUCAAAUUCUAUUACUCCUGGAAGAAAACACGGACCAAGACAAGUGUAAUGGACCGACACGCCCGGAAGCAAAAGCGGGACCGAGAGGAAAGUGAGGAAGAAAUGGAAGAAAACAUUGGGAAUAACACAAGUGAUGCCGAUAUUGAGCGUGGUAAAGAAGAAAAGAAAGAGAAUGCCACUGGACCAGAGAAGUCCGAAGUCAAAGCAGAAGUCAUUAAUAAGCAGGGAUUGACACCAGAGAAACCCAGUCAUAUCAAAAAGGAGCCUCAGACUACUCCUGGUAAACACCAGCAUCGGUCUAAGAAAAAACCCCCCAAAGGGAUGCACCUCUGCCAGAACGAUGUCAAGGCCAUGUCCGCUAAUGCAACUUCAGCAGUCAGUGUUCUUCGGCAGCUGGAUAUGGAACUGGUUUCAAUAAAAAGACAGAUUCAGAGUAUUAAGCAGACCAAUAGUGUCCUUAAGGAGAAGCUGCAGGAUGGAAUUGAUGAUUUUCGACUUCCAGAGGUUUCUCAGAAGUUCAAUGCCCGAUGGACUACUGAGGAGCAGCUUCUGGCAGUUCAAGCCAUUAGAAAAUAUGGGCGCGAUUUCCAAGCCAUUUCAGACGUCAUUGGCAAUAAGUCAGUGGUGCAGGUGAAGAAUUUCUUUGUAAAUUAUCGCCGACGCUUCAACAUUGAUGAAGUACUGCAGGAGUGGGAGGCAGAACAUGGGAGAGACAGCCAGAAAAUGGACACAUCACCCGAUAGCACCACAACAAAAAUACCAGAAGAGGAGGAGGAGGUUCCUCCAGUUCUUAAUGUGCGAUACCCAUCUGCAUCUUGAAAGCAAGCAAGGGGCUCUGAAACAGUUGUGGACAUUUUUUUUUCCUGGCCAUUGUUUUGUAAUGGCCAUUUUCAGUGCAAAAGCACCAGACCACCUCAGUCAGCCAUCCUCUCACGGCCUCCCUAGAGAACUAUAUAAGCUGUCACCAAAAAAAAAACAAAAAUUGGGAAUAAAGGGCCAUCUCUAGUUCAGCUCCUUUGUUAUCUCAAGUCAUCCUCAUGGACCCCCCUGAACUGCUUGUUUACUUUUACUUACCCUCAAAGGAGAUCCUUCUAGCUGCUCAAUAAAUGGUAAGCACAACUCCACAUUGUAUAAAGUUUGUUAGCCCCCAAAUCAAAUAAGGAUUUAUAAAUCAAGCUUGAAGACCCCACCAUAGCACUUUCAUGCCACCUUUUGGCUUGCUCUCUGUGAAAUUCUCGUGGAGACUGAAUGGAGCGGUCAUGGGUUCAUUUUCAGGGAUGUCGGACAAUGAGAUAACAUUGCAAAAAAAAAAAAAAGAAAUAAAUAAAUAAGCAAGUGUGUGCCAGGAGCUGUAUUUGGGAACUACUUUUGAAAAGAAAGCAUUAUUUUUUUUCAGUUGCUUAAAGAAAAGAAGAGCUUUUUGUUGGCAAAAGAUAAGGAGUGGCCUUGUGUCCUCAAGACAAUUCAAGGAGCCAAAGGAUAAGCAUUGGCUGCGUGGCAGAAGACAUUUUGCCCAGCAGCCUUUCUUUCCCAAUCUGACCCGUCUAACAAGCUGCUGAGAGUCUGCUGCACAGUUACACCUUUUUAAUGGUUUUAAAAUCUACACAAACAGGUCCUGGAUCAGGCCACUUGCAUGCUGCUCCCCUGCUUUUUCUUGGGACAUUUUCAGAACUGUGGCCAUUGCUGCAACAGCAAGACAAUGUUCUUCUAUCUUAUUUUGGUUAAUUCUAUAUUUUAUUAAAUAAUGUGAAUGCCAUAAUUGUAUAAGGUUGGAAACAGAGGGAGGGGGGGUUUGGGAGUUUGUUUUUAUGAUAGCAUUUUGUGUAAUUUAUUCUGUGCAUAAUUAACAAUAGUGUAUAAUUAAUGUGUAUUUCACAAAAUGCAUUAUACUUUAAAGUUAUCUGCGGGGAGACAGGGCUGCUGAGAAAAUUCUACCUACAAGGUUCCUGUUGCUUUGUAGGCAUUAUUUCAAUUCUGUUUGUUUGUUUGUUUGAGAGGCUUUGGGUCCACUUUCCCCACUUUGCUUUGCUGCAGGCUACUUUUUCCUGAAAGUUGGCAUCAGGUACCCGAAGUUGGGCGAGGCUUUCUUCCUCUCCUUUCAUGGCUAUAGUAGACCAUUCAGUCAGCCCUUACUGUCCUAUCAAUAUUAGCCGUGUUUCCUCUGAUACUGUAGUUGUGAGGGUCCCCUUGAGCCUUAAUUCCUAUCGCAAGCAUCUGGGAGGAGCAGCUAGAGUGGCGAUAAAAGAGCUCUGCAGGUAAUAGGGCAGGACAUCAAUGGGGGUUAUGGGGUACAAGUUAGGAGCUUAACAUGGAUGAGGAGCCCAGCUGGGGAUCAUAGAAGGUUGUGGUGGAGCCCAAUUUUGAAGAGAUUCUCAAUAUCUGAGCGAAGGAUUCAGCAUGGAGGAGGGUCAGACCCUCACUGGGUCACAAUUGCUGGUUUGCGGACUAUAAUUUGUGUAUAUUAUGUGGAGGUGGGGGUCAUUUUGUUGUUUUUUUUUUUUUGUUUUUCCUCUGACUCUUAAGAAUACUAAAAGUAAAGAGUGUUAGGGUUUUACCAGUUCUCACCCUCCCCAAUCCGGUUACUUUUCUAGCCCAUGUUCAAACUUGACUGUACUGUCUCCUCAUCCUCUUUGACACUUCAUCUUCACUACACACACUGUAAAAUACCAGGAGCCUACGUCUUGAUGCCUUAAUUCUGAUUGACUCGGACCAUGUCUAGGCUGUGCCUGCUAUCUGCUGCCACGUGUGCCCUUUACCAAACCCAAGGUGCAAAAUGGUUUCCCACACCUGUGCUGUGAAGCUGGGAAUGUCCCUCCCACGCCCCCGGCACAGUUCACAUAGCUCUAUGCAUGCAGUUGUGUUUACAUUUGUGUGCUUCCGGAAACGCCCUCAAGCACAGAGUCUGGAUCGAGGUGGUUUUACAUUUUGUUUUCAUAAAAUGCUCCUUUUUAAAUUUUCAUUGUUGUCUGUGAGUAUGUCAGAAAUAAGAGAUUGUAAUAAAUCACAAAUGCAUAUAUAAAAUGUAACAAUUUUGAAUACAUAUUUUUCUUUUUGUGGGGGAGUGGUGUCCAUUGUUGUGAAAAUUUCAGUUUUGCAUUUUCAUGAAGCAUCAUUUUCUAUUUAUGUUAUGUUACAUUCAAUGGUGAUGGACUGUCAUGAACAUUUGUUAAAAAAAAAAAA